AUGCCGUAUCUACCAACCUCGCAGGAAUACCUAGAGCAGUCAGCGCUCCUGCUGCACGCCUAUCCCGACACGACUCGAAUAACAACAAAAUACUCCUACCCCACCUCCAAAAAAUCCUCCGCCGCACAACCCACCUCCGCACAAUCAAAACCCUCCGCGCCAGGUGCCUCGACAACACCGACACAGAAGCAAACACAAUCACAAUCACAAACGACUGCAACCCUAACCCUCAAAACCUUCCAUCCGGCCAGCGGCAUCUGCCUCAAAUAUCGCACAAACAAAGCUGCGGAAAUCGGCCGGCUAAUCGCAGGCCUAGGGAAAUUGGCGAGCGGCGCGCCAGAUACUGAGACGGCGGUAGCAGCGGUCACGGGCGCGGAUGCGGCCGCGGCCAGCAGUGUCGGCAUGGCGGGGGAUGCGGAGAUGGUAGAUGCGUCUGCGCAUGCAGCCACGCUGGGACCUGGCAACGGUGGAGGUAAAUCAAAGAAGAAGACCAAGGGAAAGAAGUAG